AUGACAACUAUAAUUUUAAAUCACAUAAAUCACAUUCAACCUGAUCAUUACAUUUUGCCAUAUCCCAGUGCAUUUCCCUGGUCUGUUCCUUUUACUGGAUUAAUUUAUCGACUUCAUUUUCUUUUUGAAUCACUUGCAAGUUGGGCCAUUUUAGUCCUGACUGCAGGAUAUGAUUCAAUUUUUAUUUUUUUCGUAUUUUUAAUGAUCGGAAAACUUCGGGAAAUAUCUCAUUCUCUUACUCACAUUGAUGCAAAAAGCGAUAGUAAGGUCAUUGUUAAAAGAUGUGUUAGUCAAUAUUGUGUGUUAUUAAAAUGUCGGGAUAAUCUCCAAAAAAUUUUUGGACCAGUAAUCCUAUGUAUGAUGGCAACUAAUGCUAUUGUGCUUUGCACUCAGAUGUAUCAAAUGACUCAGAGUGAUGCAUAUAGAAACGCUAUUUAUGCUACUAAUUGGUAUGGAGACAAACGUUUCAUGACUGCUAUCGUGAUCAUGCUACAACAAAAGCCACUAGUUCUGACAGCAUGUAACUUUUCUAUCGUUUCCAUCGAUAUUUUCACAAAGAUUUUAAAUACAACAAUAUCAUACUAUUUUCUGUUAAAAACGUUAGAAUAA